GGGAUAAAAUGGCGGCGGCCGCCGCUGCCCUCAGUUGGAGGCGCGUUUCUUCCUCCACGGGGCCAGUGCCUCGAUCCCGGCACGGGCAUCGCGCCGUGGCCAUCCGCGAGCUGGUCAUCAUCUUCGGCGGCGGCAACGAGGGCAUCGCGGACGAGCUGCAUGUGUACAACACCGCUACCAACCAGUGGUUUCUUCCUGCUGUUAGAGGAGAUAUUCCGCCAGGCUGUGCAGCCCAUGGAUUUGUCUGUGAUGGUACCAGGAUACUAGUAUUCGGAGGCAUGGUUGAAUAUGGAAGAUAUAGCAAUGACUUGUAUGAAUUGCAGGCAAGCCGAUGGCUGUGGAAGAAAGUGAAACCCCAGAAUCCAUCAGCUGGCUUGCCGCCUUGCCCUCGCCUUGGCCACAGCUUCUCUCUGUAUGGCAACAAGUGUUACUUGUUUGGUGGACUGGCAAAUGAGAGCGAAGAUUCGAACAAUAACAUUCCCAGGUACCUGAAUGACUUCUAUGAACUGGAGCUUCAGCAUGGUUCAGGAGUCACGGGCUGGAGCAUUCCUGGGACUAAAGGGGUGGUACCGACUCCCCGAGAAUCUCACACAGCCAUUAUAUACAGUAGAAAAGACUCUGGAAAUCCAAAGAUGUUUAUUUUUGGAGGCAUGUCUGGCUGUCGGCUUAAUGAUCUUUGGGAGCUUGAUAUAGAAACAAUGACUUGGUCGAAACCAGAAACUAAAGGGACAGUGCCGCUUCCCCGUAGUCUUCAUUCAGCCAAUGUAAUAGGAAACAAAAUGUACAUUUUUGGUGGGUGGGUCCCACAGAGCAAAGAAGAUAAUAUCUCUUCUCAAGACGGUGAAUGGAAAUGCACUGGCUCAUUUUCUUACCUAAAUCUAGAUAACACAGAAUGGGUAAGCCUGAUUUCCGAUUGUCAGGAAGAUGAAAACAGCCUGCUGCCAGGCCCCAGAGCUGGCCACUGUGCCGUUGUCAUUGGCACUCGCUUGUAUAUAUGGAGUGGCAGAGAUGGUUACCGUAAGGCCUGGAACAAUCAAGUUUGCUGCAAAGAUCUUUGGUAUCUAGACACUGAGAAGCCACCUGCACCAUCACAAGUACAGCUGAUCAGAGCUACUACCAACUCCUUUCAAGUUAAAUGGGAUGAAGUUUCUACUGUUGAAGGGUAUCUUCUUCAGUUAAGCUCUGAUACGCCAACACCUGCGGCUGAAAUACCUAUUACUAUGGUACCAGAGACACCGAGUGCACAAGGAAUCAAGCUGGAUCUUUGCACCCAAAUGAUCAAUAAACUUCCUAACAAUGUGCAGAUUUCGACUUCAGAAACUAAAGCAAAGGUUACGGAAUCUGAAAAUGCAAAAAAGAAUAAUUUAAUUUCCAAAGAGUCCAUUGCCCUUUUAUGUCUGCCUGCUAGCACUUUAGGUUCGGAGGUCUCAGCAAAUGUAAAUGAAUUACUUGACUUUGAUACAAGAGCUGCAAAAUCUGACCCUUCUGUAUCCAGUGUUGUCUCCACCGCACAAAAUAUGGUAACCCAGCAGGCUGUUAAAACUGAGUCCUCCAGUACAAAUGGGGCAGUUGUAAAAGAUGACACUUCACUAACAACAGUCAGUUCAAAACCUGAAGUCAAUGAGACUGCAGCAGCUUCAGCUAGAGUGGCCUCUGUCAGCUCAGAUGAUUCGUCGGUACAGUUGCCUAAAACUUCUCCAUCGAGGCAAAAUGCGAGAGUGAGAGGACGCGAACGAAGAUGGUAUGAUGUUGGCAUUUUUCAGAGCAACAGUGCUUUGGUGAACCAGUUCUAUUUGCUGCCAGAAGAAAAGGCAGUCCUUUCUAGCAAGGUAGAGAAUGCAGAUGUUCCAAGCAACACUUUACUUAAGAAACAGGAUCUUGCUCCUGGCACUUUAUACAGGUUCAGGGUGGCAGCAAUAAAUGGCUGUGGGAUAGGUCCCUUCAGUAAAAUCAGUGAAUUCAAGACCUGCAUCCCUGGGUUUCCUGGAGCACCUUCUAUUGUCAAAAUUAGCAAGAGUGCAGAUUGUGUUCACCUUUCGUGGGAGCCUCCUGUUUCACCUUCGGGAAAUAUCUUGGAAUAUUCUGCCUACUUAGCUAUCAGAACCAACCAACUCCAUGAAAAUCCUAACCAGCUGAUGUUUAUGAAAAUCUAUUGUGGUCUUAAGACCUCUUGUACAGUGACUGCUGCCCAGCUUGCAAAUGCUCAUGUUGAUCACACAUCCAAACCUGCCAUAGUGUUUAGGAUCUCGGCCAAGAACGAGCGGGGAUAUGGACCAGCCACACAAGUUCGAUGGCUGCAAGAAACGAAAACAUCAGGUCCAAAAUAGAAGCAGCAUGCAAGUUGGGAAGUAGCAGUUUGCUUGCAUGACAUUUUGUAAAUCCUCCAAAUAUUUUAUUUUUACAUUGUCUUGAACUUCCCAGCAUCAACAUUGUAGAGGCUUGCAAAAAUGGAGUUGUACUGGCUCAGUUUUUCAUACCACUUUAUCCAGCACGUUCCUGGCUGGAGUCCUUGGCUGACUAUCCAUUGGGCUACAUACACCUCUAAAAGUUUGGGGAGAGUCUUCCUUUCAAUUGUUCCCAGCUCAUGGACGUAGGUUACCAACGCUCUUUUAAAACUUCCCUGUUUUUUUUAAAGGUUUGUAAUGUGGUUUUGGCAGUUACUUAAAGGGAAAUUCAUGGGGCAUACAACAUCUCAAAUGUUGCUGCUUUCCCAUUAUAGGCUAACUCAGGGCAGUUUAAAAAGCAGUUUGGAGACCUGCACAGAGACUUUCCACAAAUGUCGUACAGCCCUGCAGAUCUAGGCCUUUGAAGAUAUGGCUGAACAAGUUGUUUGAAGACUUCAGUAGCGAUAUGGCAUUCAGAGAUGCUGGAAGCAAAUUCUUUGGUUUUCAAACAUCUUUUCAGAACGCUUGCCUUUUGUCCGUAAUGUUGAUGAUUAGGGGAUGAUUUUACAAUUGUAACCAUUUUUGAUAACUUAGCUUUGUCUCCCUUUUUGCUGGUUUGUUUUAGUGAUGGAGUGAACACAUUUUCUUUAUGACCGUGUGGUCCCAUCCACUCUUACUAGAAACCAUAGGAAGGAUUUAUUAAGUUUGACAGGUUGUGCUGAGAUUCUUCCACAUUAUUAGAGGAUGCUCAGUUGACCUGCACAGGUGUUUGAUUCUUCCUGUGCAUUUUAACAUUUACUGGCAGGAGUGAUCUGUUGGGAACCCUGAUUUGUUUUGAACCCCAUGUGGAAAAGUUUCCGAAGAGUUUGAAGCAGUGGUCCCUGCCUUGAUGCAGCAGAACUCUUGCAAACAAACAGGGUACAGAAGAUGACGGUUAGUUAAGGUGGCGUUAAAAAGUGAGCGCCUUCUUCUGUGGAGAGUUGGUAACCUUUUUGUGUCCCCUUUAAGACCUUUUUAGUCUGUGUCUGCCAUGCAUGACUGGGCAGCAUCACACUUCACAAGAGUACAGGGCUUCUGGUAGGCUCUGCCAUUUAUCCAUUGUGGUGAUGUAAUGCCAAAGGAGCAGGACUUCUGGCAGACUCAGACCACCUAGUUAGGCACAGCAGUGUCUUGCAUCUGGAGAGGACCCUGAAGAUUUGCACACCACACCAAAUGUUAUUGGCAAACAUGUGGAAAUAAGUGGGCAAAACGUGCUCAUUUCUGUCUUGACCUAUAUGCAGUUAUAUUCUUCUUGUAUCCCCUGUUCUUCACGAUAUGUUGGUGCAAGACAAAUGUUUUAGUUUACAGUGACUUAAAAGUGUAUAGAAUAUUUUAAUAUAUUCAUUUUUGUAAAGAUUUUUCUAGCAUUUGUAAACACAUGUUUUAAUCCUUGAAAGUAUCCCCCUGAUGAUAUGCAAAUUGCUAAACUAGUCAUUUUGGUUAUGAAAAGCAAACUGAGUGUCAAUGCACUACUAUUGGUUCUCAUGGGCAUAGAAAUGUUAAUUCUGUAGAUAUUUUGAAUGUUUACAAGAGUCUUUACAUAUUGAAAGUCCUCCACAAAGAGUGCUUCGUUUAAAAAAAAGAAAGAAAAACUGUAUGCUUUUGUUGGCAUAUUCAUGCUGUUUUGCACUAAUAAGAAUUUCACUUUGUGAUGCUUUGUGUUGCUUCCAGAAAAAUUCUGUAGUAAAGUUAAAGCAGUUUUGCACAUACAACAUGCUUUUAUGGCAUAUAUUUUCCUUUUCCCAUUAAGCUGCAUACAGACAUACAUGUCUUGAUCAAUGAACCAACUGCGGAUCUGCUCUCACCCUGUUUGUGACAGAUGCACUAAUUUCCAAACUGAAUCGGGCUCUGAAGCAACUAGUGUUUUGUGUUUCCAGCAUAAGCCAGCUGUGCAUAGUGCUUGUUGGCUGGCUGUUGUGACAAUCAUGACUCUGUCUCCCCAACAUUCUGCACCCUCAGUGCUUCACGUUAAAAAAAAUGACUGGCUUUAAAAAUUAUUAUAAAAAAGAACUCUGUAAGCAUUUUAACAGCUGGGUACCUGGAGAAAAUGUUUUAAAUGAAAACUGCCUAACGCAUUGGAGGGAAGAGGCAGAGGAGAAGGUCCAUGCUGGAGCCAGGCAUUUUUGGCAGUCAAGGGGGAGAGCGGAUGGGGAGGAGCAGAGUUUUCCCUAUGACAAAACAACAACAACCUGGGAAUCAUUCAUACAGGGAGAGAUGUCUGUAUGCAUCUUUUCUCAGUUGUUCAGGUUUUAGCUGAGUUUCUCCUUAUAAUCAUGGCAGUGAAUUUUUUAACCUUAUUUUAUCACUAAUGUGCCAGCCACUUCACUUUUUUUCCUGUGCAGAGGUAAAAGAAAACUUUAUAUGUAUAUGGCAAAAUGAACACCCAACCUAUGUUGACACAUAGUGGUGUAUACAGAUAACGCAUGGUUUCCUCCUACCUUUGUAGUGGAAACGUAGUGUGAGAAGUGGCCCUUAGAAGGAAUAGUAAUCUAUUCCUAACCCCACAAGUGUACUAAGUGAAGGCGUUUGGAUGCCUUUUAUGUAUAAGUAGUUUACCAAAUUGUAGAGUAAAAUGGCUGAACGAUGCCAGUACACUUGGCAAAGACAGCCUAAAGCCCAAUCCAGCAGGAACAUGGUUUGUGAACAGCUAUAAUCUUACGUUCAUUUGAAUGAGACUUGUAAGGGUUCCUGCGGAUUAUACCUUUUUGCUUCUAAAUAAAAUGAAACAUGGUUAGGUGCAUAUGUGCAAUAAAGUGAAUAUUUUGCACUUGGUUUUUCCAUCAAUGCCUAAUAAAUUAAGAUGGGAAUUACUUGAUCUGCAUGAUCAGUUUUAAAGUGGAUUACGGUAAUGUAGUGCUUUACAAUCAUUCCUUGUUCACCCUGGUGGGAUUGCUUUGAGGGAAGUUACUCCAUUUUUACAGAUGGGGAACUGAGGCUGACGCCUAAUAUAGGGAGGAUUAGAAAUUAGACUCAUCUCCAGCACUAACUAAUAUGGCGGGGAGGAGAUUCAGUUCAUCACAGUACAGUGAUUUGUGGCCAGCCCUUGUACGUUGCAGCACAAUCUGUAAUGCCACGAGGGGAAAAAAUGGAAACCCUCUUUAAAAAAAUAAAAAACCUUGUUGAAUGGAUAAUAAAUACUUAAAAGUGCUUUCUCUUAUUUUCCCCCUAAGUUUUUUAAUUACACUAGUAAGUUUUUAAGGCAAUGAGGGAGGGUAGCACAGUUAGGUGAAGUUUAGUGAAUUUUGUGAGUAUUAAGCCGAAAAUUCCAAGCUUCCUUUUUUAACUGUAGCCCCAGAUCUGUUUCAUCAGGGGGUUGUUGCUUUGCAUGUUAACAUCCUCUUGAGAUGGAUUUUCAGGCUCCCCCUUGGAAAAAGGGAGUUGGGUAUACUGCAUAAAUGACAGAGAGUGAUUUGUUCUUUGCAUAUAUAUAUGUCAUAUACAGUGAAACUGACUUCUUCCGUUCAUAAUGCUUAUAUUUACCCUUUCCUGUUGCAUAUGUUUAAUAUCCAUGUCUGAAAAAGUCUGUGAGAGAGCCUCAAGAUUUUGGGUGCUCUUCAGAAUUAAAAAUCAUCCAAGCUGUAAUGAGAACAGAGCCUUGCUAGCACUGUGAAAUAGUUGCUGAGAAAAUGUUUAUGGCUCUGGUCUUCAAAGGAGGAGAAAGGCCUUCUAGAUGAAGUACCUGUGGUUGCCAGGAAUGUGCCAGUUCUUCCCUGAAUUGUCAUACAUAGACAAUGUGCUUCCUUCCACCUUGGCAUACCACACGGUACUUCUGGCUUCAGGUUUGCCAGCAGCUAUGGGGGUGUCAAGAAAUACCUUUUUAAAUACUAAAGGGAAGCUGAAACAAGAGUCUUUUUCUUAAUAUCUGGCCUGCUCUUGACAGAAUGUCAAUUAUGUCUGAUUACUUGGCUAUUAAUAACUUUGUAGAUACGUUACUUAACAAUAUAAUGUGUUGGGUAUAUCUGUGAGUAUUUUUGCACUUUGCGUUCAUAUUUCUGCACUUGUUUUUAAGGGUGUGUCAUGACUACCAAAGGUAAAAAUUGUGCCGUUGUUAAUGCAGACAUGACUUUCAGUGUUUGUGUGCUUCUGCCAAUAGACUAUAUUAUUUGUCCAUGUCUACAGUUCCAUUCCAUCUACAUGCAUCAAAUUAGUAACAUGCAUACCAGUUUUCUGUAGCUUCCCUCCUAGUGUGAUGUUACAUAACUUUUCUGUACCUGCUUCUCUGAUAAGCACUUAAACUUAUAACUCCCACUUCGACGAUAAAAUUUAGAGUCUAUAACCAAUGAUAGUUAAUGUCUGACCCACUGGAUGUUCACUGAAAAUCUAAAUCUAAUCAGGUUAUUUGAGGAAUUGGUGAAAGCUGUCUUGUUUGCCUUUGUAACAAACAUAUGUGUAACAUCUUAUGUAAAUCUGACUCCAUCCUGUAGAAACUUCAAGAAGUAAUAGAUUUGGUAUGAAAGUUAUAAGUAGAGAAGUCAAUGCUGUUUAUGACAUACUGCAUCAAUUUUACUUAAAAUGUUUUGUGACAAUGGAUAUCUAGUUAUGUGAACAAGAAACUGUUAUGUAUGACUUACAGCAAUAUCUGACCAUAGUUUUGAAGUAGAGCACACAAGUAAGCCAUAGACUUUAACAAAAAGAUACCACCGUUAACUGGAAUGUUGAAAUGGGUCAACCCAGCUAAGUCAUUGUCUUAAGACCUUGAACAGAAAUGGUCUCUACAAAAAAAUCCAAUAUUUUGUACAAUGAAAUAAAAGUAGCAUUGUUCUUUCUUUGUAAUAAAGUGAUUUGUCUUAAGAA